GUAUCCUUAGGACAAGUCUAAAGCGAUUCUCUGGGGGGUACCCUGAAUUCGGCGCGCAGCCUGGGGACGAAUGACCCAGCCCUACCAUACUCAAGCCUCCCAGGCCCUAGACUUUGGCUUUGGAUUUGUCGAUGGCGGAGCGACGGGCUUGACGUUUGAAGACUACGGUGCCACUCAAGAUGCGCACCCCGGUACUCUACAAUUCAACGAUUUCACGCAGGGUGUCAGCCAGGCACUUAGCUGGGGGGCCCCUGUGGGCGUGCCGACCACCACCCAGCGGCUGGCGCCUCAGGCACCCCAACCUGGCUUUGACGGUCAGCUAGACGGCCUAGCAACGGGCUUCCAACAGCAGCUGCGCUUCCAGGAGGCGUUCGACGAGGCGGAGGAGGAGCAGCCGCCAGCCGCACCGGAGCAGCCGCCGGAGUGGGCAUGCGCGUACUGCGGCAUCCACAACCCCGCCUGCGUGGUCAAGUGCCUCAGCAGCAACAAGUGGUUCUGCAACGGCCGCGUGCAUGGCUCCGGAUCCUGCAUCAUCAUGCACCUGGUCAAGAGCAAGUGCAAGGAGGUGCAGCUGCACAAGGACUCCCCCCUGGGCGACACCGUGCUGGAGUGCUACGCCUCCGGCAGCCGCAACCUCUUCGUGCUGGGCUUCGUGCCGGUGCGCAGCGAGAACACGGUGGUGCUGCUGGCGCGCGACACGCCGCCCAACCACCCCACCAUCCGCGACCUCAACCUGGACCUGGCCCAGUGGCAGCCCAUCGUGGAGGACCGCGGACUGGUGCCCUGGCUGGUGAAGCAGCCGGAGGAGCAGGAGCUGCUGCGAGCGAGGCACCUCACACUGGCGCAGGUCAACAAGCUGGAGGAGCUGUGGAAGACGCGGCCGGCUGCCGGGGUGGACGACCUGGAGGAGGCGGCGGCGGCGCAGGACGGCGCGGUGCAGCCCGUGGCGCUCAAGUACGAGGACUCGGCGCAGUACCAGGCUGUGUUCGAGCCGCUUGUGAAGCUGGAGGCUGACUACGACCGCUCCAUCAAGGACAGCCAGUCGCGGGACGACAUCAGUGUACGCUGGGACUGGGGGCUCAACAGCAAGCGGGUGGCGUACUUCUACUUCCCGCGGGAUGACAACGAGCUGAAGCUGAUGCAGGGUGACGAGCUGAAGCUGCGGCACAAGAACGCGGGCAACCGGGGUCCCUGGGAGGCGCUGGGGCACGUGCUGACCUACCAGCAGAGCGAGGAGGUCUGCCUGGAGCUGUUCACCAACGAUGUGCCCGAGGACUGCACGGUGGGUUUCUCAGUGGACUUCGUGUGGCGGGGCACCUCGUACGACCGCAUGCGGGCGGCGCUCAACACCUUCAGGAAGUACUCGGCCUCAAUCUCAGGCUACCUGUACCACCUCAUCCUGGGCCACCCCGUGGAGCCGGUGACGCUCAAGAUCCCGCUGCCCAAGUCGGGGCUGGCGGUGCCCACACUGCCGGAGCUCAACCACAGCCAGCUGCACGCGGUGAAGAGCGUGCUGCAGCAGCCGCUGUCGCUCAUUCAGGGUCCCCCCGGCACCGGCAAGACCGUCACCUCCGCCGCCAUCGUGUACCAUCUGGCGCACUCGGGCACCGGGCAGGUGCUGGUGGCGGCACCCUCCAACGUGGCGGUGGACCAGCUGGCACACAAGAUGGACCAGACGGGCCUUAAGGUGGUGCGGCUGUGCGCCAAGACGCGGGAGGCGGUGGCCUCGCCCGUGGAGCACCUCACGCUGCACUACCAGGUGACGCAUAUGGCUGUCCCCGAAGGCGAGCGCCUCCGCAAGCUGCUGGCGCUGCGGGGGGCUCAGGGCGGGUUGAACGCCUCGGACGAGAAGGAGCUCAAGAGCCUGCGGCGGCGGCUGGAGAUGGAGGUGCUGGAGAACGCGGAUGUGGUGUGCAGCACCUGCGUGGGGGCGGGCGACCCGCGCCUGUCCAACUUCAGGUUCCAACAUGUGCUUAUCGACGAGAGCACGCAGGCAGCGGAGGCGGAGUGUCUGAUCCCCAUGGUGCUGGGAGCAAAGCAGGUUAUCCUGGUGGGCGACCACUGCCAGCUGGGCCCCGUUAUCAUGUGCAAGAAGGCGGCGGAGGCGGGGCUGUGCCAGUCGCUGUUCGAGCGGCUGCGGCUGCUGGGCGUGAAGCCCAUCCGGCUGCAGGUGCAGUACCGCAUGCACCCCUGCCUCUCCGAGUUCCCCUCCAACACCUUCUACGAGGGCACGCUGCAGAACGGAACCGGCAUGGGCGAGCGGCGGCUGGCGGGGGUGGACUUCCCCUGGCCCAACGCCGACAAGCCCAUGAUGUUCUGGGUGCAGCUGGGGGCGGAGGAGAUCAGCGCAAGCGGCACCUCCUACCUGAACCGCACGGAGGCUGCGGCGGUGGAGAAGGUGGUCACGCGCUUCCUGCAAAACGGCAUGACGCCUCAGCAGAUCGGAGUGAUCACGCCGUACGAGGGGCAGCGCGCACACGUGGUUUCCGUCAUGGUGCGCAACGGAGCGGCGCGACAGGACCUGUACAAGGAGAUCGAGGUGUCCAGCGUGGACGCCUUCCAGGGCCGCGAAAAGGACAUCAUCGUGCUCUCCUGCGUGCGCUCCAACGAGCACUCCUCCAUCGGCUUCCUCUCCGACCCGCGCCGCCUCAACGUGGCGCUCACCCGCGCGCGCUUCGGGCUGGUGGUGCUGGGCAACCCGCGCGUGCUGUCCCGCCAGCCGCUGUGGAACAGCCUGCUGCAGUACUUCAAGGAGGCGGGCUGCCUGGUGGAGGGGCCGCUCACCAACCUGAAGCCCUCCAUGGUGCAGCUGCACAAGCCAAAGCGGGUGUUUGACCGCGGCUCCUUUGGCGUGGGCGCCCUCACCACCAACCGCUACCAGCCGCCGGAGAAGGUGGGCGACCCGCUGCCAGCCCGCUCCGCCCAGCAGCACCCGCCCGCCGGGGGCUCCUCCUCCUCCCCCUCCCUGCACUUUGCAGCCGUACCGCCCGUGGGACCCUCAGCGGCGGCGGGAGCAGCGGCGGGAGCAGCAGCCGGCGGCUCUGGCGCUACGAAUGGGUCCGGGGCGGGCGGGGGCGCGGCUGGCAGCGCGCGGUAUUCUGCACGCCUGGCAGCGGGGGCGGCAGCAGCGGGGGCGGGCAGGUCGGCGGCUGGGGUGGCGGGCGGACGGGGCGCCUCGCAGACGUUCAUGCCGUUUGCAAUGCCCACCUACAGCAUCCCGACGGCGAAUGGCCGCUCCUCCAAGGCCGCUCCCGGCCGCGAACAGCCCGCCUCCCAGGCCACCAGCGACCUCUCCCUGCCGGCGCCCCUCUACACCCAGCCCGCCGCCGGCCCCGGUGCCGCCACCCAGAACCUACCUGCCACGCAGCUCAUGGCCUCGCAACUCACGGGCCCUGCCGGCGGAUCUGCCGCCUCUGCCGCGGCCGGAGCCGGAGCCACGGGCGGUCUCGGCUACGGCACCGGCCUGCCGUACGGUUUCACUGCUGAGUUCAGCCAGACGAGCUACGGCGGUCUGGGCGCCGCCGCAGAGGACUUCAACAGCCAGAUGGACAGCUUCCUGCUGAGCCAGGGCUUCAAUGAGACGCAGUUCCUGGACGCCGCGACUGGGGAGUACUACGGCGGGUUCGGAGCCGCGACGCAGGACCGAUGAGGCAACAGCGCACAGGAAAGGGAGGACGGAGGGCCGCGGCGCGGCGUUGGGUCACCUUAGUCGUGCCACACUUGCGGAAUGGAGCAGCCGGGAUCCAGAAGACGAGAAGGCUGCCGACCGACCCCGGCUUCUCUUAGAGACGCUCUCGGCCCCAACAAGCACGCUGCAGCUGCUCUCCAGGCCCCGUGCGCAGCGCCCGCCGCUCAAGCCUUCCCUCGAGCGACCAGGCACCCCCUCCUCUCAGCCCCCUGACAACCCAUUCGGGUGCAUCGUCCCCAAAGUGACCGGAAGUGCGUGACCACAAAGCAGCAUAAAGGAAUGGCACAGGCUCAUGGCUCGCCAGUCACCCGCUGUUGGGCCGUUGUGGUCCCUUUCCGCUGGUGCAUACGCUCCUCCUGUUGCGCCUUCGCCACCUCGCUCCCCCCUACGUAUGGAGCCAUACGUGGCUCGCAGGAGGUAACAGCGAAGCAGGAGCAGGACAGACAGCAGCGGCCAUGGAGCGCGCUAAUCGCUGCGACGGCGGUCCGCACGGCCCUCAGGGGAUUAGAUAGGGAGCAGCAGGAUCCCGGCUUUGGCAGCGGCUGGCCUCCAUCGCUUCGGAAUGCAAACGGCGGGUGCCUCUGGUCUUGGCACGAAAGGCACGAAAGGCGUACGUCGUGGUUCGGCCCCACACAGCGGCCAGCAGCUGCGUGAGGAGGAAGGCGGACGUUGCGGAAAGAGCGCCCCAGGAUUGCGGUGCAGGCCGUACCUUGCGGUGUCCCUGCAUGUCUGCUGCCGUUGCUCAUGUCCACGGCCAUGCUGCCAGGACCCAUGGCGGCAUGGACUGGUGUGGGGGGGGGAGAAUCGGCCUGCAUCGGGUGUUUCCCAUUCAUGCGUACGAGGAGUUGCUUUUACCGCUGUUGCGGCCAUACGUUGGCAUGCAGGUUGGGGUGGUGGAAAGGGUGAGAAGCGUUUGCCUGGGUUCUUUGUCGGUCGUACUAAGGCGGGCCCACAAAGGUCUGAGUCUCAGGUCAGGCAUCGUGGGUCGGCUUCGGUUAGGGGUUGCGGAGGGCUAGUAGUACUUGUAGGCGUGCAUGCAGAGGGGAUGUUCAGGUUCCCCGCGAACGAUACGGCGCCUAUACGAUGUCUAUGAUGCUGUCUAUGAUGCAGAGGAAACUGCUAGGUGUACCGCUGGUUCGGUGCAAUGGGUGCAAGCCAUGCCCACUCAGUCUGGCACUUGUUGUGGAUAUCGCAAUCGACAUAAGCGCUGUAAGACUCUUCGGCUUGCAGUAGCUUGCAUGCGGUGAAACCAAGGGCAGUAGCAUGCGCUUUCGUGCAGCAUUGUAAGGCAUAAACCAGCGUUUGUUUUAUGCAGGAUUCAGUGCGGAGGUUUGCUGGUGUUUAAGGCUGAGCUGUUAUGCAUCCACUGGCUAGCGGAUUGCCUGUGCUGGCCUUACAUCGCCUGUCAACCAUGGCGCGAGCUUCCCAAUGGGGAGGGCAUAGUUCAGCUUGGAAGGUGACCCGAGCUCCUAGACACAGUCCAGACCCUUAGGUGCCGGCGUCGCUCUCGCCCUCGAUAAGGGCACGCAGACAGAGAACGAAUCCAGUCACCGAUUGCUACACAAUCUGCAUUAGCACUUGUGAAGGACAACCUGGGCUUUCCCCUGGGUGGUUAGGAUGUGGGAGGCUGCUGCGGCUGCAUGGGAUCUCCUGACGCCGGCUUGCAAGGGUUGCAACCCCAACUGAUGCGUCUUCCCGUCUUCAUGUCCCCAGCACGGCUUCCCUGACAUGCGGCCCUGCUCCACACCGCCUCUAUCCUUCUCCUUGAGCCCCACACGGCCAACCAACCGCUCCAGUUUUUGUAACACAUAGGGGAC